UGCUAGUAAAGAGUAAUUGCAACCGCUAAAAAAAAUUUGCAAUUAUUUUUUGCGUCCACGAAAAAACGUAUGGUUAUUAUGUUGCGAUUCUACUUGAUUUCAGUAGCUCCUCGUUUUAAAUAUUAGCACCAACAUAUCUGACGACUAGCUUUCCUUUCCAAUAUUUCUAAUUUAUUCGCUUACGUAUAUUACAUGCCACUAGCGCAAUAUUUGCACACGGGUCGACACUAGAUAAAUUAACCAUGAACGUAGCGGGUGAUGAAGAGCAAGGCAUGCUGGCGAGCCAUUCGGCAUCCACCACCACAUCACCCACAAAGUCCGCCCGCAAAUCGCUGUUCUCCAAGUUCAUUGACAACAAGGCGCUCAAGGGGUUCCUGGUCAUCAUGUGUCUAAUCAACGGCUUCCAGGUUAUCCGAAUGGUCAGCUACGACACCACAACAACAUCAUCAUCAUCAUCAUCAUCGUCGUCGUCGUCGUCGUUGUUCACAUUAGCGUCAAGCAAAACACCGGAGCAGACAAAAAGCCGGUGUGCGGAUAUCCCAGUUUCCUUGAAUUACUGGGAGGUCGCACAGGGCUCGCCGGCUGUUGUCGACAUACCUUAUGCAGGCAGCAUCAAUGUGGGCGACACUGUCUGCGUGCGCGUCGUGGUGCCGCCAACUAUAAAAUCACCAGAAGCAGCAGCCCUGAACUCGUCGCUUGAUUCGGAGUUUGCUCCGUUGCCAGGAACGUCCUGGGAAAGCUUUGUAUUCGACAUGGUUGGCAGCAACACGGGCAUCAACGUCCCAAUAAAACUGCAGGCUACGAGUGACUGGAGAAACGCCCUGAAAGACAGCGUGCACGUCUAUCAGGCUGAUGUGCAGCUGCGAGAUGUGGACGUGUUUACGCCGCAGGGGUUUAUAGAGUUCCGCGAGGCUCGGUGGAACCCUGAGGGCAAGACCACGCCGCAGCCGUAUAAUCCCGAGACUAUCCCCACUCCGCCCGGGGUGUCUAUCAACGUGGUAGACAGCACUGGCGACAGCCCGUAUAGUCUGGCAAAAUAUCUGGAUCAGCCGCUGUGCACGCAGAGCGACGAGGAUGGCCGGUGGGUCGAUGUUUCUAACUUGCCCUUUGAUGCCGCGGUCGUACCCUUGCCCGACAACUACAAUCGUGUGUGGCUGCCGUAUGCGUGCCGGCUGAGGCGCAUCCCAUACGAGGAGUACACACAAUGCCUGAUAGACCGGUACCCGCGGAUCCACUUGUACGGAGACUCGAACACCCGGCGAGCACUGCGCCGGUUCGCGACGCUCGGGCAGUGGUGCUCGACAAAGGAGGAUAUCGAGUCCAUCGAGUGCAAGUGCAAUGAUAAUGGCCAGGCCACUGAGCGGUACAGCAUUUCUGCGCGCGAUAUCACUGUUGACAUGGACCCGGUGGCCGGCGGUUGGCAGCCAAAGGGAAAUUUGACAGAUCCGGCGGCCACGCCGCACGGCAAGGCGCGUAUCAAUGCCUUCAAGUGGGACGGACUGACCUCGCGCAACAACCCGCCGUGGCCGUCGUUCUUUGACAAGGGCAUUGCCACGCACUACGGCAAGCCUAACGUGGCCAUCUUUGGCUUUGUCAAUUGGGACGCUGCGUUCGAAACGCACGAGUUCUUUGUCGGCGAAGUCAACCGGCUGAUUGACCGCGUGGCCUCCGGGUACCCGAAUUCGACAGAGAUUAUCAUUCGCACAGGCCAGUACUACUGUUGCACAUCGGAUAUGGACAAGUUUUGGGUGCGCCGUUACUCGCAGCUGCGUAACCGCAACUACAGCAACUAUGUCAUCGACUUGUUCAGACAGCGGUUGGGUGCGUCGCGCAAGGUUAGUCUGUGGGAUGUCGCGUUGGUGUCGGAGCGCAGGCCGAUCGAGGCACGCAACGACGUCCAGAAGUGCGCAGCAAACCAUGUGCGCUCCGAGAUCGUCGAGAUUGAAAACCAGGUCCUGAUGAACGCCAUGUGCAACUGAGACAGCAAAAUAGCUGAUAUUUAC